CUCGGCAACGUGUCGCGUGCCGGGCUCUGGGAUUCUGAAAGCUGUGUUAUCCGCUUCGCUUGGCGGUCGGCAGCGGCAGCAGAAGAAAGAAGAGGCAUGGCGAUCGUGGCGGGUCUCGUUGCGCCGGCCGCGAAACCUCUCGGGCUCUCCGGCGCGCGGCGGCGGCAGCACCGGGGCCGAUGGAGAGUUGCGGCGGCGGCGGCGGCCGAGGUGGACCUCAAGGCGCUCGGCUCCGCCAUCGACAAGAAGGACAGCCAGGAGGCCAGGCAGGCGCUGGACGAGCUCAAGGAGCUCGGGUGGGCCAAGCGGUGGAGCUCGCAGCCCUACAUGUCGCGCCGCACGACGUCUCUGAGGGAGCUCACCAACCUCGGGAUCAAGAACGCCGAGAACCUCGCCAUCCCGAGCGUCAGGAACGAUGCGGCGUUUCUGUUCACGGUCGUCGGCACCACCGGAUUCCUGGCCGUCCUUGCAGGCCAGCUCCCCGGGGAUUGGGGCUUCUUCGUUCCCUACUUGACCGGAAGCAUUUCCUUGGUAGUACUAGCCAUCGGAAGCAUAUCUCCAGGUCUUCUGCAGGUUGCAAUUGGUUCUUUUUCUGCAGUUUUCCCUGACUACCAAGAGAGAAUUGCUAGGCAUGAAGCUGCUCAUUUUCUGGUUGCCUAUUUGACUGGCCUACCUAUCCUGGGAUAUUCUUUGGACAUUGGAAAGGAGCAUGUUAACCUCGUUGAUGACCAGCUACAGAAGCUGCUAUACAGCGGUCAGCUCGACCAAAAGGAAGUGGACAGGUUGGCUGUGAUCUCCAUGGCCGGACUGGCUGCUGAAGGCCUGGAAUACGACAAGGUCGUCGGCCAAUCAGCCGACCUAUUCACCCUUCAGAGGUUCCUGAACCGAACUAAGCCGCCGCUAGGCAAAGCACAGCAGCAGAACCUUACGAGAUGGGCGGUCCUGAUUGCAGCCUCGCUUCUGAAGAACAACAAGGCGGCGCAUGAUGCCCUGGUGUCCGCCAUGUCGCAGAAGGCCACCGUGCUCGGGUGCAUCGAGGCAAUAGAGAACGCCUCCUGAUUACGGUGUAAUUUAACUUGAGUGUCCUAACAUGGUUGAGGUAGCUAUAUUGUUGAGAAAAAGAUAUACAGGAGUAUUACUGAAAGGAACGGUGUUCUUUUCUCUCUC